AAAUGCCUCACCGGAAAGGCAGGGCCAUCUGUGGGUGAUGCAAGGGACCUACUGCCAUGCGUAUGCUCCGCAGCAGCGCAGGUCCUGCUGCACAUUACGCUUCUGUGGCCUAACACACGUGAACCAAGACAUGGCAGAGAGCAUGGGGCACGUGGUGAAUGUGAACGUGGGAGUCCUGGGCCACAUUGACAGCGGGAAGACGUCAUUAUGCAAAGCCCUCAGCACUGUAGCAAGUACGGCAGCGUUCGACAAGAACCCACAGUCGAAAGAGAGAGGGAUCACCAUCGACUUGGGUUUCAGCAGCUUCACAGUCGAUGCUCCACCUCAUCUUCGGCAAGGUCGUGGAGAAAAUCAGGCGGCAAAAGUUCUUUUCACACUUGUGGAUUGUCCUGGUCAUGCCUCGCUGAUCAGGACUAUAAUUGGAGGUGCACAAAUCCUGGAUAUCAUGCUUCUGGUUGUUGAUGUGACAAAAGGAGUGCAAACCCAGACAGCAGAAUGUAUUGUGAUUGGAGAGAUAACUUGUCAGAAGAUGAUUGUUGUCCUCAACAAAGUUGAUCUGCUCCCCCUGGAGAAGCAGAAAGCAUCCAUUGAAAAGAUGGUCAAAAGAAUGAAGUUGACUCUGCAAAACACCUGCUUUUCUGAUGCACCCAUUGUCUCAGUAGCUGCACAUCCUGGUGGCUCUGAAGAUGAAAACCUUCAUCCUCAAGGUGUGCAAGAGCUUGUGUCAACAUUGUGUUCAUAUGUGUCAUGCCCGGUUAGAAAUCCUGAUGGACCAUUUGUAUUCGCUGUGGAUCAUUGCUUCAGCAUUCGAGGCCAGGGAACUGUCAUGACUGGCACAGCUCUAUACGGAUCCAUUUCAGUCAAUGAUGUUAGUUGCUUCUGUGUUCUUCUCAUUUUCUCUCAACUUAGGUCUACCAACUUCUUUAUGAUUGAAAUCCCAACUCUGAAGCAGAGCAAGAAAAUCAAGUCUAUGCAGAUGUUCAGGAAUCCAGUGAACCGUAUUAUUCAGGGAGACAGAGCAGGAAUUUGUGUCACUCAGUUUGAUUCCAAACAGCUAGAGAGAGGUCUGGCAUGCACCCCAGGCUAUCUCCAGCCUUAUUAUGCUUGUAUUAUAUCAGCAGUUUGCAUUCCCUAUUACAAGCAUGCAAUUCUGACCAAGGCCAAAUUUCAUGUCACUAUAUCACAUGAGACUGUGAUGGCCCAAGCAACUUUUUUCGGACUGGAUGAGAAUGGUCAAGGUGAUCUCAACGGCAUGACAUUUGACUACUCUCGUGAGUUCAAAUACCUACCUCAUCUCCAUGAUUCCAAGAAGAAAGAGCAAGAAGAAGGGAUUGAAGUGCCUCAAGUACAAUAUGCAUUGUUGGAGUUUGAGCAUGUUGUGGUUGCCUUUCCAAACUGUAUUGUGAUUGGUUCCAAGUUGGACACAGACAUCCAUGCCAACACAUGUCGCCUUGCAUUUCAUGGCAGACUUCUUGAGGGUUUCACAAAGAAAAAUUACAGGGAAACAUGUUUGCCAAUGGUGAGAGUAUUCAGAGACAAACAAAAGGAAGGGAUUGUGGAGAGAGCCCAAAAUGAGAAUGAAGUGAUUGUGAAGUCCAUGUUUCGCAAAGAGACAAACAUGCAGGUCUUUAUGGGUUUGAGGGUCUCCCUUUCCACUGGAGAAGAUGGUGUCAUCGAGGGGACAUUUGGACAAAGUGGCAAAAUUAAGGUGGUUGUUAGAGCACUCCACGAUCCAAGUCUCGCCGAGACUCCAGAUUUCGUGUCAGAAUGGUCUUCUCCGCAGGAGCCCUUGAAGGCCUUCUUGGCCCAGAAGGGUGCCUCGAAUGGGGUCAUCAGCCCGCUGGAUGAAAAGCUAUCCAAAGAAGAUGUCGCGAGUAUUGUGGCUUUGGGAGGAACGGAGGAAAGUUUCACCGAGAGGUUCCAUCUUAAACGAUUCAACGAGAUAGACAAACUACAGGCCCGGCUAGAUGGCAUGGCGGUCGAGACAUGUCCAAGAAACAUGGCCGCAGCCGGCGGUGGGCUGCUGGACUUGUCUUCGUCUAUAAAACCCGUUCUGUUGCAUUUCCCGUAUCAGCAGCCGAGCGUCAUUGCCUUGCCAGAUUUAGCAAGGGGUGUGAUAAGCAACGAACAAGAGAUACUGAAUCAUGAAACGGAAUAUGAGGGAUUCUAUCGGGCCUUUUGCGUCUUGGCUGCCGACUUCAUUGGAGGCUGUUGUUCCCAAAUUCCCCAUUCUGAAGUGGAGGUGGUUGCACAGGCUUCUCAGAUCCUGUUGCGAUAUUUCCAUGGUCGCCUCAUGAUGAGAGGAGAUCCAUCUGUGGAUCUGGAUACAUUGAGUCGUUAUGCAAUUUUGGACUUGGAAGAGUUGAUGAAUCCAGUGAAAGCACUCUGUACUGGGACUAGUGUCUUAUCCUGUGUAGACCAUCACAUGCUCCAGUCUCAGCUGAAGAGUGGAAAAGUGCCUCCUCAUGUUCGACCAGCUACUGGGGGUGAGAAGGAGGCCAGCUAUGGCACCCCUCCUACAAGACGUCCAAGACUAGGAGUGAUAAACAAUAUAAUGGAACAACUAAGUUCACCUGUUCAAGUUCCAGAGAGUAUGGAGGUACCUGGAACUACAAGUAGAAAGCUCCCUAUCUCAGGAGCAGAAGAGAAAGAAAAGCCUGUGUCCAUGGGGCAGGCUACAUGUGAUACAAAGGGUAGGGCCCCUUCGAUCGGCAUGGUCAUUGCUCCAGAACAAAUCUCUCCUUCAUCUGGGAGG